AUGGAAAUUCCACAGCCCCUCGAGGCCCCAGGCCCAAUCAGACCAAUAACCUGCGUCGAAAUGCACACAGCAGGCGAGCCAACGCGAAUCAUCUGGGAUGGAACCCCGCCUUUGACAGGUACCCUGCUGGAACAACGAGCGCAAGCAAAAGCCCAAUUCGACGAAUUCCGCCGCGUUCUCAUACUCGAGCCGCGCGGCCACUACGACAUGUACGGUGCGAUCCUACGCCCGGAGACCGAGCUCGUCGCGUCCGGAGAAGCCCAUAUAGGCGUUCUGUUCAUGCACAACGAAGGGUUCUCGACUAUGUGCGGACAUGCGACGAUCGCGCUGGGCCGGUUCCUUGUCGACGUUGACGAGAAGGUAUUUCCUCGUCGGAGGGAAUUGAAAUUUGACCCUGUGUCCCGGACGACGACGCUUAAUCUUCAUGUGCCAUGUGGCGUGGUCGAGGUUACUGUUCCCACGUUGGAUUCUGGGAAAUCGGAUGCGUCGCGGCCUGUUUCGUUCGUGUCUGUGCCGUCGUUUGCUACUGCUAUUUCCUUUCAGGUCCCUGUGCCUGAGAAGUAUCGCUGGGCUGAGCUUGCUGGCAGGGCUUCUGUUACGGCGGACUUUGCUUAUGGGGGUGCGUACUAUGGUAUGAUUAGUGCUGAGGAAUUGGGCUUCCCUGGUGGACUUGGGGAGAUUAAGUUGCAGGAUAUGGACCAUGCGACAAAGUUGCUCAAAGAGGCUGUGGUUACGAAUCCAGACUUGCGAUAUCUCAUCCAGGAUGUUCGGACUGCUGAGGAGGGAUUCUUGUACGGGAUUAUGAUCACUGAUACGCGACUGGGACAUGUUAGUGCUUCAGAGGGGACGGCGGCUGCUCGUGCGCAGUUAGAUGCUAGCAGUGAGGAGACAGGGCUCUGUUUCUUUGCGAACCAGCAGAUUGACCGGUCACCCACUGGAAGCUGUGUGGCUGCGAGGGUGGCUCUCGCACAUGCCAAAGGGACUUUGCCGGCGGGUGAGAAGAGGAUUUAUAAUUCCCUGGUGACUCGUGCAUACAGAGGUAUUCCUGGAUUUGUUGGGUCUGUCUUUGAUGAUGCUGGCACAAGUGGAGGAGACCAACAGAGUGUUCGAGUCUGUGUCGAGGGAUAUGCGUAUUAUACCGGAUAUCAUUCCUUUGUGGUAGAGAAGGAGGAUGGCCUCGGGGUGGAUGGAUUCUCUGUGAGGGACAUUGCACUAUAG